GCUGAGAACGCUGGGUCCAUACUCGCUGUUUCCGAGUGGAGCCUGACAACUGCACUCUUUUUUAAGAUGCCCUUGAGUGAGAAAAACAAGGAGUAGAAGAGGAGGAGGAGUGGAGAAACUUGAUUAAGAAAGACAUACGAAUUUGGGCUGUCCCCCCAAUGAGCUCAUGAUGCUGCUACUCUGCCAUGCUCUUGCUGUGGCUAUCCUCCAGGUCUUUAUCUUCUCAGAGAACCAGGCGCUUGCUAAGAACAUCAACUUCUACAAUGUGAGGCCUCCUCUUGACCCCACACCAUUUCCAAACAGCUUCAAAUGCUUUACCUGUGAAAAUGCAGGGGAUAACUAUAACUGCAACCGAUGGGCCGAAGACAAAUGGUGUCCACAGAAUACACAGUAUUGUUUGACAGUUCAUCACUUUACCAGCCAUGGAAGAAGUACCUCCAUCACCAAAAGGUGUGCCUCCAGAAAUGAAUGUCAUUUUGUUGGCUGCCACCGCAGCCAAGAUUCUGAGCAUACGGAAUGCAGGUCUUGCUGCGAAGGAAUGAUCUGCAACGUAGAGCUGCCCACCAACCACACGAACGCAGUCUUCGCCGUGAUGCAUGCUCAGAGGACGUCCGGCAGCAGUGUCAGCGCAUCCUCCCUGCCGGUGUUUGCCUGGGUUUUCCUGCUUCUGCUGCUGUGAUGUCGCCUUUCUUAGUAAAGGGAGAGACCAGCCCUCUAAAGCACAAGGCAGCUCCUGUGUAAGCCCUGGAGUGAAGAUCAGCCUUGUACUUGGUGAAGAUGGAUCCCAAAGCAGAAGCCAGUGAUUCGCUUUGUAAAAAUGCUCCUGCAUGAGAUCAUAGUGCUGAGAAUGGGGCUUGGUAGGGACUGAAAGGACUGAGAUCAUGCUCCCUGGUCACAGAGAGCUGUCCUGAUAUCUCUGCAGGAAGAAUCUUGCCAGUACUGUGGCACAUGCCAAUAGCCUGGCUAGUCCUGGCCCCACCAGAUCAUUCGCUGAAAGGACUUUUUGAUCUCACUGACUCCCGCAAAGGCUACCUGGUCAGAUCCUCCAGUUUCUGUGGUUAGCUCUGAGUGUCUCUGUGAAAUCUUACCCACUGAGAGCAGUACCUGUACUAUAUUAGACAGCCUGAGAUAAUAAGCCUAUAAAGAGAAAAGGUUUAUUGUAGCUCAUGGUUGUGAAGGUCCCAGUCCAUGGUUUAUUAUCCCCUUUGGACCUGUGGGGAGGCAGCACACAUGGCAGGGAGUGUGUGGCAGAGCAAAAAGUCACUCUUUUCAUGGCAUGACAUGGAAGAAAGAGAGAGGAGAUCGGGGUCCCAUAAUCCCCUUCAAGUGUGGACCUCCAGUUACCUAAAACCUCUCCUAAAGGUUCUACUACCUCCCAAUGACACCCAACCUGAGGAGCAAACUUUUAACAGCUCUUUGGGGGGACAGUCAAGCUCCAAACCACAGCACCCAGUGCCAGUGUAAUAAGUAAGAAAGUUGACUGUCUAAGAAAACUUCUGGUUGAACUAACAUGAAAUCCAUUUGCCCAUUGUGAGGUAUGGGGGGAAUAAGUUUUUUCAAUUAUACGAUGUAAAUGCAUGCUGUACGUUUCUUGACUGAUGGAGGCCUGCAAUAAGACCUAUCUACCAGUGUCACUGAACUGGAAUUUCUACAUACCAGAGUGAUAAAUGCUGGCUUAAAG